GAGUCGGAUGUCUGUGCACAUUAUUGCUAUUAACUGUCUUUGUUGCACGCACUUUGCGAACGAUAGGACGGUCUCCCAGGUAAAAGAGAGAGAGAGCAGAUUAGGCAGCCUGUAAGUCAUAAGCUCAUCGGCGAUUAACUCACGCUUUAAAGAGCUUCCGUAAUCCGAUGUGUCAUGCGUUAGACUUUUUGACGCGAUUACAUUGUUGAUAUUCACGUUGUUCAUUGACUACCAGACCGUAUCAGCACAUCAUCUAUGACGACGCAAGAAGACCUUUGUUGUACCGUCUUUGGAUAAAAACCUAAAACUCUCUCAGUGAAGUCUCGUGCGAUUUUUGAAGACCAGAAGUGAAAAUUACCAUUGGACAUUAAAGUGCGAUUUUCCAGUCAUGGAUGACGAAGUUUUAACUACUCUGAAGAUUCUCAUGAUAGGAGAAUCUAAUGCGGGAAAGUCUAGUAUCUUGCUGAGAUUCACCGAAGAUGAAUUCUGGGAGAACAUGCAAAGUACCGUUGGCAUCGACUAUAAGACUAAACAAAUAACGAUUGAUGGUAAUACCGUGAAAUUAGCUAUUUGGGAUACAGCUGGUCAAGAGCGUUUUCGUACUCUAACACCUAGUUACUAUAGAGAUGGGCAGGGAGCUGUUUUGGUAUAUGAUGUUACAGACAAGAACACAUUCGUUAAACUGGAAAUGUGGUUAAAUGAAUUAAAUACCUACUGUAAUAAAGCAGACAUAAUUAAGAUGAUUGUCGGGAACAAAAUAGAUUUGCCUAAUAGGGAGGUUACCACAGCAGAAGGCCUACAAUUUGCUAGGAAACAUCAGACCUUGUAUAUUGAAAGCAGUGCUAAAACGGCAGAUGGUAUACAAUGUUGUUUUGAAGAAUUGGUUCAAAAGAUAAUACAGACUCCUGGUCUUUGGGAACCUCAUUCCUUGCAGGCAUAUGGUAAUGGAAAUGUGAGUGGAGCACGACAUCGAAUGGGUAAAAGGGGAGUACAGUUAACGGAUGAUUACCAGACACAAGAUGCAUAUUCAACCUGCUAUUGUAGCUUAGUUUAGUGUAUUAUAAGUUCUACUGUAACACUGAGACCAAAUGGUCACUAUAAAGAUAUAUCUAACAGCAACAUGAAUGGAGUCAUGGAAGAAACUUGAAAAAUUCAACGUUGUGAUAACUCAAUGGUAUAUUUCUGACAAAUACGUGUAUCUUUGAACCUUUUGUCACAACUGCUUAAAAGUGUAACAAUCCAAAAUUCUAUUUCACAAUUAUUGCGCGCAAGUCAUCUGUGAUGCAGUUUGAAGUCUUAUCAAACAAGUCGAUUUAAGUCGUGUAAAUACUUUGUAUAUGUAUAUAAAAAUAGCACUUUAAUAAUUCUUAAUAUAAAAUAUAAUAUAGCAAAAAAAUAGUAAUAGAAAAAUCAUUUGCUUUCUUUCAAAACUAUACAUUUUCAGAAAUAUACAUAUGUAUGUGUACUUGUUAUAAGUCUAUCUCUUCAUCUUCUUUUCUUUCGUUAUAUAAAAACAAAAAAUUGUAGUAGUCUCAAAAUCUACUGGACCAAUUUUUAUCGGAUAGUUACAAUUAUGUUCCUUGUAAUCUUGCGAAGGACAUAGGCUUUAUUUUCAGUUGUCUUAGCACGAAGGAACACGCUUAAUGGAAAUGGGGAUGGAAUAAACAAAAUAUUAUUGUAA